GAUUUAGCUACAUGGAGAUCUCCUUCCUGGCACGAGUAGCUCAACUCACUUUGAGAGACACAGAGAGGGAAUCGUCGGAGAGGGAGAAAAACUCACGAAGAAGGCGAAUCGAGAGAUGAGGACGUUGAAACCUGUACCUAUAAGCAUAAUGGCAAGCCGAUUGACCAACCUUAUAUCCCGUCCCAAGUCAUUCGUUUCCGCGCGCGCAUCAUCCGCUCCUCACCUUACUCGCCAGAUGAGCACGGAGGCGCAGAGUGUUGCUUCUCGGCUCAGUAGUUCCGGAUUAUUGCGGAGCCAGGGGCUGAUUGGAGGGAAAUGGGUUGAUGCAUAUGACAAGAAGACCAUCAAGGUUUACAAUCCAGCAACUGGUGAAGUGAUAACAGAUGUUCCAUGCAUGGGUGGGAGGGAGACAAAUGAUGCGAUAUCUUCAGCCUUUGAUGCAUUUAAUCCUUGGAGCAAACUUACUGCCACUGAAAGGAGCAGAUUUCUAAGGAAAUGGUAUGAUCUGCUAAUUGCCCACAAAGAAGAGCUUGGACAACUUAUAACCUUAGAACAAGGAAAACCUUUAAAGGAAGCCCUGGGCGAGGUUAGCUAUGGGGCUGGUUUUAUCGAGUUCUCUGCAGAGGAGGCCAAACGUGUAUAUGGUGAUAUAAUUCCAUCAACUCUUGCUGAUCGUCGAUUGUUUGUUUUAAAGCAGCCUGUAGGUGUGGUAGGUGCGAUUACACCCUGGAACUUCCCCUUGGCUAUGAUUACUCGGAAGGUUGGUCCUGCACUUGCAUGUGGCUGUACUGUUGUCAUAAAACCCUCUGAACUUACACCCCUCACAGCUUUAGCAGCAGCUGAGCUUGCUCUUCAGGCUGGAAUUCCACCGGGUGUCGUCAAUGUGGUUAUGGGAAAUGCUCCUGAAAUUGGGGAUUCUUUACUUGCAAGUACACAGGUAAGAAAGAUCACAUUCACAGGUUCAACAGCAGUUGGAAAGAAGCUGAUGGCUGGUGCUGCUGGGACUGUUAAAAGGGUUUCUCUUGAACUCGGUGGCAAUGCGCCCUGUAUAAUCUUUGAUGAUGCAGACUUGGAUGUAGCAGUAAAAGGAACUCUUGCAGCAAAGUUUCGUAAUAGUGGACAAACAUGUGUCUGUGCAAAUAGAGUUAUUGUGCAAGAAGGUAUCUACGAGAAAUUUGCAAAUGCUUUUUCCAAAGCUGUCGAGAAUCUUCUAGUUGGGGAUGGCUUUACUGAGGGUGUGAUCCAGGGUCCUCUAAUCAAUGAAGCUGCAGUUCAAAAGGUUGAAUCGUUUGUUGAAGAUGCAAUCUCAAAGGGAGCAAAAGUCCUACUUGGGGGUAAAAGACAUGGUCUUGGCAUGACCUUUUAUGAGCCGACAGUGAUUGGUGAUGUCAAGCGUGGGAUGCUUCUAUCAAGAUGGCAGUUAUUGUUGUGCAUGCAUAUUCAAAUCAAGCAAUGUUUGAUAUGAUAUGGUGAACUCUACCACAGCUGGGUCAUAAUAGUGAGGAUAUGGGUGUCAUUUCUUUUGAAUGUCUAGGACAAGUUUCAAGAGGUAAUGUGCCAACUUGAACAUGAUCUGUUUAGAGUGUAAAACUUCCAAACCAUUUCAAAUUUCAAAUUUCUUACAGGGAGACAUGGCCUGUGUUACCCAUUUCAUAUAUGGACUAGAAUUUUGGUUCACACAGUUCACCUAUUAAUCUGACAUAAAACUCACCCAGUAAUGUCUAUAAUCUGUUGUGUUGAAUAUUCUAUUUACAUUAUUGACGCUUUCCCUCCUGGUAUAUGCAAAUCCAACAUCUCUUAACCGCCCAAAAAAUGUGCCUCUUAGGCCACUUUUGGUUACACAAACUAUUUUAUUUUAUUUUAUCUCAUCUCAUCUAAUUAUUACAACUUUUCCAAACUCUCACAUAAAAUACAAUAAAUAAUUCAUUUUUUUCAAAUCUCAAAACAAAAAUAAUAUUAAAAAAUUAUAUUCUAACAAUAUUUUAUAUAACUUUCAACUUUCAUCUCAUCUCAUCUGUGUAACCAAACGAGGCCUUAGAGUAUUGCUACUAAAAAUUUGGUUGAAGGCAUUCUGUAUAAAGUCAACCUAGCUGGCUACUAAAUUUAUUAAAAAGGAUAUGGUCAUUGUAAGUGUUGGCAUGGGUAAUUAAUUGUGUCAAAUAUGCGCUAUUCAAUAUGCAUAAGAUGGGCCAACCUAACUUAGGUGCACACAAGAUUAGGAUUUUAGGUCAAAAUCAUUCCUACUAACUUGAGCUUUGAUUCCAGUCGUGCCAAGAAUUGCCCUCUCUAAUCUAGAUUGUAAGUUUAACCCCCAUGGGUUGACUCAAGUGUAAGGUCCUUGGUCUUGGGGGUAUUCCCCCCAAGAUCUAAGGUUCGAACCCUUGGGUGCGAAUGAUUUCUAGGGACUAUGUUUAUCGGUGAAAAAUUGAUGGUUUACUUGAUCUAUGUAAUGUGUGUGCAUUACAGGGUUAAGGAUUUAACCGGGUAAAAGAUAUAUUUCGUUUGCAUGGUCCUUGAGGUUCCUUAAAAAAAAAUUCAUGGAAACUACUCACUAGAACUUGGAGUUGUUUUAUGGUCAUAAAUAGAAUUUCUCUCAUUUGGGCAUGUUAUCCUCUAGGGACUAUGUUCAUCGGUGAAAAAUUGUGGUUUACUUGAUCUAUGUGAUGUGUGUGCAUUACAGGGUUAAGGAUUUAACCGGGUAAAAUAUAUAUUUUGUUUGCAUGGUCCUUGAGGUUCCUCGUCAUAAA